AUGGCAGAGAAUUUUCAGCUCCUAAGCAGUAUUUUUGCCAAGAAUAAGGCAGGAGGGUGUGAUGCUUGUGCUGUAAAUCUCAUGACUUUGUGGUGUGGUCUCAUUUGUUCACCACUACAGGAUCAAUUUCUACGGAUGAGUCAUGCAUGGCCGAGUAUUAAUUAUCGUCCAGAUCCAAUGACAGGGAAGGAACAGGUGAAAGUCUUGGACUUAACGCUCUCAUUAGAGAAAGACUUUACGUGUAAAGUCUUUGAUUCAUGUAAAAAUACGGCAAUGGCAUCCAUGGCUACAGCAAUGAAGUCAUCACUUGGAUUUCUCAACUAUCAAAUGCAAGUUGGAGCUAUUGGUCAUGGGGAAUACAUUACAAUGGAAUUUCAUGCAAAUAAGGACAAGUCAUUUCAUGAGAACGUACUUGAAUGCUCCAAUUAUUCACAAGUUGCUGAAAAACGUGAGACGUUACCGACACAAGCACAAAUGCUGGAGUCCAUUGCUUCCAAGUCGAUGGAUGACAAACAAUGUCCGUGUGGAGCGUGUCGUGCAACGUGUGACACGCACACUGGUGGAAGUCACCACAUUCACGUGGCUGACAACCCGAUUUCAAUGCUGGAUGGCUUUAGUCCCAAGCUUGUUGCACUUGUUUACGGACUGCUUGUGAUUUUGAUAGUUGUGUGGAAAAGGCGAAAGAAUUGA